UCUCAGGCCUAUCCAGUACAUCCACUAUCACAAUAUUGUAAAAAGACAGAUAUCAAUAUUACGGACAUAUUGAAAUGGAUGGAAAUGGGAUUUCUUCGUGAUAUCCCGGUGAAUUUCAGGCAAAAGGGACAGCACACCAUUUCGGUUCAUUACAUCAAAUAAAAAAGCAGUGGUAAACCCUUGUGCGUCAUGCGUGAUGGUAUGCUACUCAACCAACUCAGUUGCCAUGACCGAUGGAAAAAGGUCUACUGCGGCGAGUCGCCUGAUUCAGAAUGAGCACGGACCGACGUCGGCUGCUCUUUAGAGCUGAACCGUCGGUUAGCACAGAAACCGAACCCGAGUCGGUAUUUUAUGACAACCCUGCAUACCAGGACGACCUCUACGAAAAACCAAAGGUCCACGGGAAGCAUCAAUAUCACGUGAGUUGGGAUAUAGAUGGAGGUCGGGAUCGUGGACUACAGGACAGCGGAAAGUCGAAAUCACGUGAUGCGGGAAUUAGUACGUCAAGGUUAUCACGCUUCAGUAGCGGAUACGAGAGCAAGAACUCGUUCAAUGACACAAACGAUGAAUUGUAUGACGACUACGACGAAAGUCGUGACGUCAUUGAGAAUAUACGAGGAGCUAGGUCAAAUAAAUACUACCCUCAUGAACAGACAGAUAGGUCUAAGAAUAAUCAUACCAGAGAAGGCUAUGGGAGAUCUAGUGAGGAGGUUCCAAGAGAACACCCAGAAAGGUCAAAUAAAUAUUACCCUAGAGAACCUUCGGAUAAAUUGUAUCCAAGCUAUAAUGAUGCGAGCGGAUAUAAGGAUAAGAACGGUUAUCGGGAUAGAAACUCUAAUGUCGUGCUUGACACUGGUCACAGGAAAAGGGAAGCCUUCAACAGGGAACCAUCUUGGAAAAAGCAGUAUCGAAAAGGCGGGGCGUUCUAUAUUACCAUUGACAGUGAUGACAGUUCUGGUUACCCGUCAUCUGGUACAUACAGGCCGGAUUGUGGAUCAGUGACCAUUGGAAGUGUGGCUGGGGACAGACGGCGUUCGUUCAGUUUGUCGCCCCAGUCGAGUGACGAUCGAGCCCGAGCACCGUAUCAAACACCAAGCCCCAGGAGCAGGUCUCCUGUGGGUGAUAGACUAACUGUAGAAGCGGCAAUUCACUGGCCGUCAUCCUCACCUUUACAGCUGAGGAAGGAUUUCGGCAGCGGUUCACCAUAUGCCUCGAGAAGUGACCUCGAUAAGAGCUCGCCGUACACCUCGAGAAAGGACCCCGACAGAAGCUUGUCUCAUAAGUCGAGGCGGGACCUCGACAAGAGUUCCAGGAGUGACCUUGACAGUAGCUCACCUUUUAAUUCGAGAAAAAACCUCAGUGGAAGCUCCCCAUAUAACUUUAGAAAUAACUCUGAGAGGAGUUCACCUCAUCACGGGAAAAGGGACCUCGAUAGGGGCUCACCUGACAUGGGUUUACCAAUAACGUUAAGAAACGAUCUCGACAAGAACUCUCCCGUCUUGCUGAGGAAAGACCGCGACAGGAGCUCACCGUACAAUCCGAGAAAAAACCUCGAUGGCAACUCAUCUUAUAACUCGAGAAAUGGCCUAGCAAACAACUCUCCGUUGACGCUUAAAAAGGAACAGGGCAGUAGUUCUCCUUCCAAUUCGAGAAGGGGCCGUGACAAGGACUCGACUGCAACGAGCAUCUUGCCACUGAUUUCUGGGCAGGGUAGGGGACGUUCUCCCAUAUCUAGCACAAGCACUGGAAGUACUAGCUGGCGGGACAACUCUUCCACCCUCUCCAUAACGGAGUCCUUCGCACUUCAAGCAAAGGGUUACUUAUUGAGCAGAAAAUUAAACGAUACCUUGAGUUCAUCAGGAGAACAGUCUUGGUCUAAACCGAAUGAGCAGAAUCAACCUCUGCUAUUUAUGCCUCCAGGUAGAGAAAGCCUAAUAGGUAAACCAUUACGACUGAUAGAAUCGGAUUCAGGCGAAGAUACUGUAACACCAAUGAGAACUGUGCAUGAAGAGAAUGAGAAUAUACCCCUACGUAGCAUGCCUCCAGUGAAGAGUCAGCAGGAAGUCGAACUUCAUCGAAAGCUUUCCUCCACUGCGAGCGCUGGAAGUUUGGCUUCCAUUUUUGGUAAAGCUCAUCGCAAACUUUCUGAAAGUACCAGUGGUGGUAGCAGGUCCUCCAUCAAGCGCGAUUCCAUUAUUCCAAUGCGAGAAAGAAGAAAUAGCUCAAUAUUUCAUGAUCUGAAUCUAACAUUUCGAGAAGUCGCGGAAUCUGAAUUCGAUUCAGAGACUGAUUCCGAAUCCGAGGAAGAUGAGCCUUUUCCUCUAGAAAAUGGCGGAGUCGCCAAUGGCUCUGCAGUAUUAAUGGCGGAUGGUGUUCAGCACCAUGGGCGUAGAAACACUAAACGCAAGAAACGAAGUGCGGAAAGUCCAUUGCCUAUCACAAGCGAGGACACUGAGGACAUGAUUGUCAUGAUCAUGAGCAACAGGUCUCCAUGCGUUGCAAGGUUUAUAUCAAUGUGUGGAGUAUUUCAAUUGCUAUGUGGGUUCAUCUCUAUGAUGUCCGGCGCCUCAGGUUACCUUAGUAACCUCUCCAUCUUCAGCACUGGCAACACCUUCGAUUUCCCUAUCGGUUUCUACAUUGGAUUAUUCUUUGCCUUUUCCGGCGGAUGGGGAAUCAAGUCCUCCCAUACGAAACGGAAAUGCGUCAACAUCAUGGCCGCUUUUAGUUCAGCGUUUUCACUGAUGGCGGCGUUGUUUAUUCUCGUGCUCAUUGCGUAUCCAGGUGCCAUGAAAUUCUCCUGCAAUGAAGAAGAGAAAGGGUUGUUUAUAUUUCACCUGGUAAUGUUCACUACCGAGAUUAUUUUUGCAAGUGUUCAAUGUGUCAUGUGUGCCAAGUCACUUAUGGAGUCGAGGCGGACAGCACAUUAUAUACGAAAUAGAGACACUGUCAGGCAAGAGAAUGCAAACAGAUGAUGAACGCUUACAAAAUUGUUAUUAGGAAAUAUGUACAUGUAUUUUCAAUAGAGGAUUACUCAUCAAAACUAACGAAGUCGUCCGAAGCACAAAUUGACUUGUUUGAGAUUUUAUGUGGAUGACACCAUUUGUAAUUGGAUAUCUAUGAACAAACGGAUAUAUUGACCGAUUCGUUCACUCUAGAAUAAUGUACACGGUGGCAUACUGGUAUUAAUCUAGUAUGAAGUAGUUUUGAGCGAGAAGGUCAAUUUCAAAUAGUUAUGCGAGUGAUUAUUUAAAGCCAAGUUUACACUGCCAAACAUUUACCACUUUGAAACAAAGAAGAGCAAUGCUUUUGGCUAGUGUUGUUCCGAUAUUAGGGUAACUCUAUCACCAGAACAGAAACUGGUUUUCUUCUCCUUCUUCUUCGUUCGAUAUCUGGUUGACAACCCAAUGCUUGCAGGGUGCGACAAGAAUCAACUGAUGAUAACUUGCUUUCGAAUUUUGGCUUUUGAGAACGAUAUGAUAACAUAAAAGUACCUAGAUAGUGUAGACUUGUCUUACAUGUAUAUGGCGUUGAAUAGUGGCAAAUCAACGCCUUUCUUGGGAAUAGUCUGCACAGUCUUUGAUACAAACAGAUUAUGACCCCUAUUCUUUCUCAGGAAUGGAUUAUAAGCAAUAUUGUUGGAAGGCGCUUCUGCAAACUGAUCAUGAAACCGAAUUGGUAUGACAUCAAGCAUAUAGGUUAACACUGCGGACAGGUGUGUUGUUGCAACUGGGAGCCCAAUGACCAUUUCAAUGACUUUGGCUUACGUCUAUCGUCUUUCUUUAACAGUAAUUGAACUUUUCUGCUUUAUUGUCUUUACGCCAUGCUGGUUCAUGGCUUUUCACUUUCGAUAUCAUUAAGGAUUGUUACUAUGUUUAGCUUGUACAUUAGGCCAAUGAAAGUUGAUUAUCAGAUUCUCUCCAUGAAAUAAUCUGUUUUUCAUCAGGAAAAUUAUAUUUUACCGACAAUGAAAGAUGGAAGAUGAAGGAAAACCCUCACAGAUUUCCCGAAAGUAACUGACGAGAACCAUAAUCAACUUUCAUUGACCUAAUAAGACAAUAGCUCGGAAUAAAUACGACGUAAAGUCUCAUGUUAUCUUAA